AUGAUGACUUUAAGCGAAGAGAACAAUGAACAAAUUAAGACAACUCUCAACGAUCUAACAGCUGGCAUCGACGAAUCGAAUGCUUUGUCGACGUUCGGCGACUUUCUUUUGUAUCGUGGUGAAUAUAAAAAUGUUGUUCGUUAUUGCAAGAAAAUUGAACAACAAUUGCCCGAAGGUCAUCCGGAUCUGGCUGAAAUUUAUAAUCACUGGGGUAGCGUCUAUUUUCAUUGGGGAGAAUAUGACAAAGCAUUAAGGUGCUAUCUUUUCGCGAUUAAUUUUCUUCAUUGUCUUCCGCCCCAAUUUGUCAAGGAUGAAGUCGAAGCCAUGACCUACAGUAACAUUGGGAGAGUUUAUGAGACACAACAAAAUUUUCCUGAAGCAACGAAUUAUUAUAUUCUUGCUUUUCGCGUUUAUCGUCAGUUGUCGAACAAAGAAAAACAACUUCUUCGGUUAUAUUCUCGUAUCGCAUUGGCUAUGCGUUUUCAUGACCCAAAGUAUGCCAAAGAUUGCAUAGACAAAGCACGCACACUAAUAAAUGACAAAUAUCCGACAUAUCAUUCCUCCUAUGCUUGGUUUCUUCUAAGUGAAGCCCUUUUACAGCCAAUACGUACCAAUGAUGAUAAAGCAGCAGCAGAGAAUAAAUUAAAGAAUGUGGAUAUGAAAUUUGCUGAUUGCUUACAUUGGGAUCACCCUGAUAUGAUUCUCGUUCACCGUACAAUUGGAGAUCUUUACCGUUCUAUUGGUCAAUAUCAGAAAGCUCAGGAGUAUUAUAAAAAAUCACACGAGGUUUCCAAACAAAUAUUUCAUGAAAGUGAGCAAAGAAAACAUCCAGCAAUUCGCGUCUGUGAAGAUAGAUUGAAUGAAAUUAAGAAGCACAUAGAACGUCGUAAUCAUCCAUCCAACGCCUAA